AUGUUCGACGGGUUAUUUAUGCUGCUCAUUUUGAGCGUGAUUAUGUGUUUGAGUUGCUUUCUUGCUGGAGCAGUUCCAUUAUCUAUGACCUUAUCACCGUCACAACUUCGAUUGAUUUCUACGAUUGGGAUGGGAGUACUUGUUGGAACAUCAUUGGUUGUGAUCAUUCCGGAAGGAAUUGAAGCAGUUUAUACUGCAGGAUCUUCGGCACAUUCUCAUGGGGCAAGAGGGCUUUCGAUUCAAGAGAGAAGCUCUGGAUUAUCAUGGGUUGGCGAACUUAAUACGAUCGCAUACUCGAACAAAGCGAAUCUCUAUCGAAGACAUGCCGAACCGGGCCCAAGGACUGUAGGGGUCGAGAUUGUCACCAGAGACUCUUUGCCCGAAGAAAAGGAAAACGGUUCCCAAGAAAAGAACGAAGAGAAACCAGCGAAAGGUACCGAAGAGCAUCACGAUGAGGAUGAAUCACCUACAUUUUGGAUUGGCCUCUCCUUAAUUUUAGGAUUCAUUCUCAUGUUUUUAAUCGACAAACUCCCAAGACAUGCGUCCGAGAAAUUACAGGCCCCCGUUGCGCCACGACAAAUCUCUCUCAAUAAUUUAUCCCAGGGAAUAUCGAAUAUCUCCUCGUCUGAUGAAGAAUCCGACGGCUUUUUUCAAUCACUUACCCCAAGCCCAAAACAAAGUCGUAGUCUGGCUACCACGACAGGGCUUGUGAUACAUGCAUCGGCGGACGGGAUAGCCAUGGGAGCCUCCGCCUCUACAUCCAGCACUAAAUUGGGAUUUAUCAUUUUCAUAGCCAUCAUGGUACAUAAAGCGCCUGCAGCAUUCGGACUUACAUCCGUGCUAUUAAAACAAGGACUUUCCAAACGAGCCGCACGUGGUCAUCUCAUCGUUUUCAGUCUCGCGGCGCCAUUUGGUGCCAUUACAACCUUCCUCUUGGUAAAUAUUCUAGGGGGAGGAAGUAUCGAAGGGGUCAAGGGACAAUGGUGGACGGGAAUGCUGUUAUUAUUCUCGGGAGGAACCUUUUUAUACGUCGCCAUGCAUGCCAUGCAAGAAGAUUCAGGGGUGUAUACUCAUGAACAUACCAAUUCUAAUGGAUAUCUCGAGGGAGGUCUUUCGCAGCGCAAACAAGCGAAACCGCAAAUGCGGGAUACGAUUGCGGCGGUGGGUGGGAUGUUGAUUCCGCUGUUGACACAAUUUGGUCAUGAUCAUUAA